UGUUCUAUUUUCUCAGCAACACUUCCGGACAUCAUAUACUGACGGACCACUUCCACUUCCGGUCCAGUUGUCAACAGAGCGGCGACACGCGUGUUUUCAAGUAGCGAACAUGCCGAAAGCUCAGAAAACUCAGAAAGGAAAAGCGCCGGAGAAGGUCGUUCACCCGUACAGCAGGAAAGCUGCCUACCUCGCCCGAGAGGAGAUCAGACUUAAAAAGAAAGAAAGGCAGAAGACUGACAAAGCAACACGUCUGAGCAGCACCGGUGAGAAGCUGCUGUGGUUUCAAAGUCAGCUGGAGCCGACAAAGACAACCUACACGAGACAGGAAGCCUGUGAAGUUAUUGAAAGGUACCUCCACAGAUUCGAUUCAGAGCUCGAGCAGAUCGAGCUGAUGAAUGGGAUCAAAGGUCGGCAGGGUCGUCUCCACGGCGCCAGGGAGACUGCCAUCAAACAGACCAUCGAGCGGGAGCGGGCGCUGUACGAGGGUGUCGGAUUUGAGAUUCCAGACAUCAUCAAUGCAAAACAUCUGAAAACAUUCAGAGAGUGGACUGGAGAUCUGAAGAAACUCCCGAAUAUUAAAAUGCGAAAGGUGUCAAACAAAGACCUGGACACAAAGAGUACAGGAGAUGAGAAACACGAGGCGGAGGACGACCAUGAAGAAGAUGAAGACGAAGACGAUUUGGACGAUGAGCAGGUGGACGAGAUAUUGCAGACAUCGGACUGAGACUCUUCAUGUCUGCUCUUGAGCUUCGGUGGAGUUGGACAUCAAACUUUUUACUGGUGUGUUUGUAUGAGAAGAUGCUGCUACUCCGUGGCUGACCACAAGAUGGGGCUAAACUCUAAGAUGGAAAAACAAAAAACAUCAUCAACCUGAAUUUCAAUUGAGGCACUGAGUAACUUCACAUCAGCCUUUUGAGGGGGUCUACAUUCAUCGUUUAUUGCACAAACCAAUAUGUGACGCAUGUAACCUGAAUGUUCCAGUGUAUCCAAUCAGAGACAGGAAAAAAGGUUUUGACAAACAUGUUGUAGAUGCCAGAAACAGAAGAAACUCUAUUUUCUGUGACUUGCCAGCGGCUCUGGUUAAAAACCCAAAUUAAACCUGUAGAAAAGUG